AAUUUUGAUCGGAAUUAAGCGGGUUAUAAAUGCCUUCGAUGAAGAAAUCCUUCGCAUUAUCGUCUUUGCUGUUCGGCUUCAGUGCUUCGCAGGAGGUGUAAGAUUGCACGAGAGGCUUCUUCGGCUCCUUCGUUCUUGUUCGACUUCGCUCCUUCGAUGACGUUCCCUUUGCCUGUCCGAUCGGAAGUUGCGACAUUUUCAUCGGCAGUAAGGACGGGAGCUCGUACGUUCUGAAGGCAACCAAACAACUCCUAAAUCCGGGAUUUACGGCAAAAAGAGCGAAACAGUCGCUGUUCCCUAAUCCUCUAUCCAAACAGCCCCUAUUGUCACCGUUCUUCUAUUAAAAGCAGAUUUCAGUUGUGCCUUGCCCAUAAAUUAUUCACUUUGAGCUUCGACACGGAGCUGAUUGGAUUCAUUGAAGAGCGGAGAAGAUGGCGUGCUCACUUCCUGAUGAUUCUCUUUUCUUGGGCUUUGAUAGUUCUACCCAGUCAAUGAAGGUAACUGUUCUUGAUUCAAAUCUUACCAUUGUUGGUUCAGAAGCUGUUCAUUUUGACUCUCAGUUACCCCACUACAAGACCCAAGAUGGUGUUUAUAGAGACCUCACGGAUAAUGGUAGGAUAGUUUCUCCUACAUUGAUGUGGGUGGAGGCACUAGAUGUUGUGCUCGAAAAGCUACAAUCAAAAGUGGAUUUUGGAAAAGUUGUGGCAAUUUCGGGAAGUGGACAGCAACAUGGAAGCGUUUACUGGAAGAAGGGGAGUUCAGCUACCUUGGCAGCACUAGAUCAUACCAAGCCAUUAGUGGCUCAGCUUGGUAAUGCCUUCUCUACAGCAGAAUCACCAAUAUGGAUGGACAGUAGCACCACUUCUCAGUGUAGAGAAAUAGAGAAAGCUGUCGGAGGUGCUUUGGAGUUGUCUAAACUUACUGGAUCCCGUGCUUAUGAAAGAUACACAGGACCCCAAAUCCGGAAGUUGUAUGAGACAAAGAAAGAUGUAUAUGAUGAUACUGAGAGAAUCUCCCUUGUUAGUUCUUUUAUGGCCUGUCUUCUUAUUGGAGAAUAUGCUAGUAUAGAUGAGACCGAUGCAGCAGGAAUGAACCUGAUGGACAUUAAACAGCGUACCUGGUCUAAAGUUGUUUUGGAGGCUACAGCACCAGAGUUAGAAGAAAAGCUUGGGAAUUUGGCACCACCUCAUGCAGUUGCUGGAUUUAUAUCUCCUUAUUUUGUGGAGAGGUUCCACUUUCAAAAGGACUGCUUGGUCAUUCAGUGGUCAGGAGACAAUCCAAAUAGUUUGGCAGGUUUGACCCUAAAUACUCCUGGAGAUCUAGCAAUAAGCCUUGGAACCAGUGAUACAGUUUUUGGAAUAACCACCGAGCUAAAACCCAGCCUAGAAGGGCAUGUUUUUCCCAAUCCUGUUGACCCCGAAUGCUAUAUGGUUAUGCUAGUUUAUAAAAAUGGAUCUCUUACGCGAGAAGAUAUUCGUAACUCUCACGCUGAGCACUCCUGGGAAGUGUUCAACAAGUGCCUGGAGAACACACCUCCUUUAAAUGGUGGAAAAAUAGGAUUCUACUACAAAGAGCAUGAAAUUGUACCGCCCAUGCCUGUUGGGUUCCAUCGUUAUGUGAUUGACAACUUAAGCAGCAACUCCUUGGAAGAGAUGGAGGAACAUGAGGUGAAUGAUUUUGAUGAUCCUUCAGAGGUACGUGCCUUAAUUGAAGGGCAGUUCCUUUCGAUGAGAGGCCAUGCUGAGAGAUUUGGCAUGCCAAGCCCUCCCAAACGUAUAAUAGCCACUGGAGGGGCUUCUGCUAAUGAGAGCAUCCUUAAUGCCAUUGCUGCCAUUUUUGGAUGUCCUGUAUAUACAGUUGAAAGGCCUGAUUCUGCUUCUUUGGGAGCUGCUUUGAGGGCGGCUCAUGGCUGGAUUUGCAACAAAGAAGGCGGUUUUGUGCCGAUAUCGCACCUGUAUCAGCAUAACUUGGAGAAAACAUCCCUCACUGCUAAGCUUGCGAAACCUGCUGGAGACCAGGACCUGCUUUCCAGGUACACCAUACUCAUGAACAAGAGGCUGCAGAUAGAGAAAAAUCUUGUCCAAAAGUUCGGUCGCACCAAGGACUGAAAGAUCAUUCUCAUCUAUAUCAAUACCAACAUGCACAAAAUAAUAUUUAUGUCUUGAUUUUGAUGGAUUUCUAUUUGUUUAUGUGAACGAGGAAAUACGUUUUAUGUAUCAGUUGUUGUUGUUCUAAGCAUAGAAAGUAAACUUUAUACCUCUUAA